UAUUCCUGAACAUUUUGGAGCACACUACUAUAGAUGAACCAAUGGAUAAGAUGCUGAAAAUUCCUGAAUGGAAGAAUUUCGGAUUAGAAAACUCGAUUUCUCCUUAUUAUUACAGUCCUAACCCUCGACAAGAAUGGGAAAGGAAUUUGUAUGAAACGGGUUUUCGAAAUUACGAAUUUUUUGAAGACAAUGGUGUGUAUGAAUUUGAAGACGAAGAGUUUGACAAAUUUGUUUUAUCAGUCAGCGUUGUGUUGCCAACCAUCCCAGACCAUAAAUUGGAAUACUUCAAGCAAAUAUUCAGGGAGUUGACAAGAAAAGGAGAAAAAGUACAUAUUCAACAGCGGAAUGGAAAAGAAAUUGUUUCCUUUGAUUAUAAACUGUUCACAAUCUCCGCAAGGAAAAGCUAGUACAGCUUGUGUGAAGAAUCGGCUGCUUCACUCCAAAACAUAGUAUAUAAUUGGGUUGUACGCACAUUUUUUGUACAAACCACAUCUGAAUGCAUUUACAGAACGUUCCUUUUCAACCUACGUAAUCUUUCAUUGUAAUAUUUUCACUGACUAGUUUACAAAACGCAACACGUGAUUCCGUAUACAACAGCUUCCUUACGCGUGUUUAUAGUGACUGAACUCUCCCAGUAUGAGGCUGCAUGAACAUGUAGAGGAAGCUAAAUAGUAGAACACGUGUUGGAGUUUUGUAAACUGUUCAGUGAAACUUUUGCAAUGAAAUAUUACUUCAAUCUAAUAUACAUAUACCUGAUACGAUUGGAUUAGUUGAAUUUGAAUGUUUUUUUGAUGCCUUGGAACAGUUAGAUUAUUUAUAUGAGGGUAAUUCAAUUGUUUUUAGCGAUUUCAAUGUUCCGAAGUUCAUCGAAAGAGAUGUUAAUGAUUCAAAAAUGCGUAUAACCCUCAACUACUUUGACAUGCUGGAGUAUAAACAUUCAAACUGUAUUACUAAUUACCUGAACAGAAUGUUAGAUCUAGUUUUUUCACCUUUUUCUUGUUAUGUUACCCAUGAAAAUUUGUCUUUUGUACCUGAAGAUAACCACCAUCCUGAAUUAAGUAUCAAAAUAGCUGAUAGGUAUACACAUCAAAGAAAAGAAUUUCAAGUUGAACCAAUCAAAUAUCACAUAUAACUUUAGGAAAGCGAACUUUCCAUCUUUGUAUAGAGAGAUAGAGGAAAUUGAUUGGAGUAAUUUAGGUACGUCCAAGGACGUUAAUAAAUUAGUCGAUAACCUA